AUGAAUCAGAAACCUCCUCCUCCGCCGUACGGUUACGGCGGAGGACCUUCAUCCUCCUCCUCCUCGUCCAACACAACCAUCGGGACGUUGACUUCACGCGCCAAGCAAACGACGCAAUCGAUGAUCGCCACGCUCCGUCCAUGGCGAAUGCUUCUGGAUCUAUCCGCGCUCUCUCUCCCUCACUCAUACGACGAAGCCAUGGCGAAGCUGAGGCACAACCUCUCUUACUUCCGUGCGAACUACUCUCUCGCCGUCCUCGGGAUCGUUUUCCUCGGCCUCGUUUACCAUCCGAUCUCUAUGGUGGCGUUCAUCGUCGUCUUCAUCGGGUGGAUCCUCCUCUACUUCUCCCGCGACGGGAACGAUCCGAUUGUGGUUUCGGGGAGAGAAGUCGAUGAUCGGAUCGUGCUGGGAGUGCUUAGCGUGGUGACGGUUUUGGCGUUGGCUUAUACGGAUGUAGGCGAGAACGUUUUGGUUUCGCUCAUCGUUGGUUUGCUCAUCGUCGGAGCUCACGGCGCUGUUCGUAGUACCGAUGAUUUGUUUCUUGAUGAAGAAUCUGCUCGCCAGGGUGGACUCGUGUCCGCCGGUUCAGUAAACCGGGGACCGGGAAGUUAUACCCCAAUUUGA